GCCACUGCUGCCAGCCUGCACAAACCUCCAUCCUCCUCCUCUCCGUCUUCUUCAUCCCUUCCCAUUCCCUCUCCCUCUCCCUCUCCCUCCUUCCCCCAGGCCAGCUAGCCAUCCACUCCCUCCCCCUCUCCCUCUCGGAGAAGGCAAGGACGAGAGGACCGUUUUCUCUUAAGCGCGCGGGCCGGGCGAUGGAGGAGGAGAAGGCGGUGCGGAUGGCGCGCCGCGGCGUGCUCAAGGUGGUGGUGGCGACCGGCACCAACCUCGCCGUCCGGGACUUCAGCUCCAGCGACCCCUACGUCGUCGUCCGCCUCGCCGGCAUGAAUGCAAAGACAAAAGUCAUCAACAGCUGCCUAAAUCCAGUUUGGAACGAAGAGAUGUCCUUCUCCAUUGAAGAACCAGCUGGAGUCAUCAAAUUUGAGGUGUUCGACUGGGACCGGUUCAAGUACGACGACAAAAUGGGCAACGCAUUUCUUGAGCUGCAGCCGGUGGCCGCGGCAGCGAAGCUGCGGCGAGCGCUGCGGCUGACGACGGGGGAGACCAAGCUCCGGAAGGUUGCUGCCAGCGUCGACAACUGCCUGCUCUGCGACAGUUUCGUGACGUACGCGGACGGUGAAAUCGUUCUCGACGCAAGGCUGCGGCUGCGCGACGUCGAGUCCGGCGAGCUGUUCGUCACCGUCAAGUGGAUCGAGGCCGACGCCAAGUGAGGAAGUGGCACACGUUGGUUGUGUUUGGCCGGCAGGUGGAUGAGAUGGCCAAGGUGCUGUGGCGCUGCUUAUGCCAGUGCUCUGUGUGAAUGUGUCUCCGCUUUCUGAUCUAAAUCGGCAAUUCUCAGACAGUUCUACUAACAGACAUAGUAGGCAGUAGCGUGUGUGUGCAUGUUUAGAAUGUUUUUGUGUUUUUUCUGCUUGUUAGUCAACGGCCGUUAAAGUAGUAAACCUUAAUUAAUGCUUGAAACAGCAAUGUAAUCAUCAUGGUUUUUUUGGUUCUUUUUUUGGCCCAGUCUAGAGAACAACACUCUUUUUCUACAAUUCACAUAUAUGCAAGCAUUGAAUUGUUUACUCU